CACACACACACACACACACACACACACACACACACACACACACACACACACAUAUUUUCCGUUUCAUUUUCCCCGUAAAACACGUGAACGCCUUACAGGUCGGACUUCACGGAAACCUUGGUAGGUUUUGCAAAAUAUUACAGGUCUGCAUUUUGCUGAUGUUAUUCUAAAUGCAUUUGACAGAUCACGCAUGAGCAUGUGACUAGUGCAUCGGCUCUUUAUCAGCAAAACCCAACCUAAGACAUACUGGUGGAAGGAAAAGCAUAGACUCAUACAAGUAAUGGAGGUUAAAGACAUUGUGCCGAGUAAAGAUGUUCGAUUGGUGACUUUACAGAGGAAGAUAGAGUCUGCAAAAUCCCCUGAGGAAAGAGAAAGAUUUGAGAAGGAAAAGUUUGAGCUCCUGCAGGGAAGAGAACAAGUCAUAAAAUCAAUGCGAGAAAUAGUGUCAAAAUGCACAAACUCCAAUGAAGAAGUCGAAAAAAUCAUGCAUGGAAAAAGCCAUGCCUACACAACCAGGGAAUAUAAGGAAGUUGCUGAGUACUACAAAGUAAAGUGCUUUAACUGGCACGAAGCAAAGUAUCAGUCUGCAAUGGAGCAUCUGUACCUUUUCUCUAACCUGCUUGAGGAGAAAGUUACAGUGGAACGGAUUAAGACUGCAAUUGAUGAAGUGGGAGCUGCCAUGAGAGCUGAAAAGAAAAAGGAGAUGGACCAGCCGAAGGAAAUUGAGCAGGAAAAAAUGUAAACCGAACGCAAAAAAAAAAGAAGAAAAAACUCGAACAAAGAAGACGACCACUCCAAGAAUUAAUACAUUUUUAAGAAUAUCUAUUAAAAAAAUAAGAGGUUAUGGGGAAAUGUUUUCCAGACUGCUAAAUUGGUAUUAAUAAAUAACUUUUUCAGAUGUUUUAAUCA